AUGUCCCCGUCUCCCGCUCAAAGGGAGUCGAGGGUAACUUUUCUCGGACCACUGGCCUCAUUCUCCCACCAGGCAGCUCUAGACCUCUUCCCCACCUCUCCAGCAAGAACAAUCACUCUGCUCCCCAAACCCAGCUUCGCGGACGCCUUCGCCGCCAUCCAAUCCACGGAGGCAGAUUACGCUGUCAUCCCCUUUGAGAACUCCACAAACGGCUCCGUCGUGCAGACUCUUGACCUCCUGGCUGGCCGCGAUAGUCGAUACAAUGACAUCGUCGUCUGCGGCGAGUACUAUCUAACCGUCCACCACUGUCUGCUUAUCCGUAACGAGGACGCUGCUUCAGACAUAUCACAUCCCGAAACCAUCUACCGUCGCAUCUCAAGACUCUACACGCACCCUCAAGCAUGGGGCCAAUGCGAGGCUUUCCUCUCCAAAUACUUCCGCGGCACAGAGAGACAAGACGCUCCCUCAACUUCCAAAGCAGCAAGCAUCGUCGCGAAAAGCGGUAGCAAUACCCUGCCCGGCUACGGUGGUGGGGGUGGUGGUGAUGGUAAAGGCGAAAACGGCAACAACGGCGAAGGCAUCUCAGCCGCAAUCGCCAGCUCCCUCGCAGCCGCGCACCACAACCUAUACAUCCUAGCUGCCAAUAUCGAGGACCGCGCCGAUAACAUGACGCGCUUCAUUGUCUUGCGGAAUGGCCAUAGUGAGAAGACGAGAGAAGGCGAGCAGGAUUUUUAUCCUUCGUCCACCAUAGCGCCCACAAAAGUAAAAUCCCUCAUCUCCUUCAUGAUCGCCCACGAAACCCCCGGCGCCCUCGUCGACGCCCUCACGAUCUUCCGCCGCCACGGCCUCAACUUAACCAGCAUCGUCUCGCGCCCGGGCCAGAUUAGGCCCUGGCAGUACAUCUUCUUCGUGGAGUGCGAGAGAGUGCGUGGCGUGCAUGAGGAGGACGUUGUUGAGAAGGCAAUGGAGGAGUUGGAGGGGAAGACGAGCUGUUGUAGGGACCUGGGGAGUUGGGGAGAUCGGUUGGGGAGGUGA